UGGCGAGGACAUCUUGCACUUUGCCCAGGCGCCCGAGUUAUCUAUAGUCGCGACAACUUCCCGAAUACUGGAGACCAUCGCUUACUAGAGCUAUUCUAAACCGUAGACAUGCCGUCCUCUCCCUCGAGGCCGACCAACCAGGUCGACGCCGACGCGGGUCACUUAUGGAAAAAUGACUCCAUCGAGGAGCGCAUUUUCUCCUCGGCUUUGAUCUGCCUCGAGGGCCAUUACACACAGUCGCCCGUCAUGGGACCCCAGUCUAUAGCCAAGGUCACAAGCAUAAUCUCGAAGACCCUCGAGAAGACUCACACUUUCAAAGAUGUUCGGGAAGUCCUUUCGAGAAAUCUGCGGGUGUGGAUGUGGUUACGCCGGGCCGUUUCCGCUACGAUCUGCGACCUGAACGAGAAAUCGCUUGGCGUGCGAUCCGAGCCCUUUGUACAGACCAAGUUUAUCGACAUCACCACGCCCGAGGUCACAGCUCUGAUCAUCAAGAACUACGCGCCCCUAAAAGAAGCUCUGCAGAUGCUUAACAAGUUAAUGCACAUUGCCCGGAAUCUACUCGUCACCACAGACCCGGAAGUACCCCAGGACCUGUCAGCAGCAAUUUACUUCGACCAUGAGGUGUACGAGGCGAUAUGUCUUUGUGUCAAUGUCACUAGUAAGGGCAUUGAUGGAGAGAUGCCGGAAGAAGAAGCCUCGAGGACCAAAUUGAACGAGAUAACAGAGCUCUGCAAGAAGGUAUUGGUGACUUCCCUGCAGCAGGCACACAACUGGAUCUCUAAGAAUGAUCGCAAUAAAAUGAUGUUUUGGUACAAAGUGUUGAUUGAAUCGCCAGACGCCGAGAGUAUCCCGGGGCCGGAAGACCGACCGGACACGAGCCUCCCCGUCUCUCCGACCCUCAGAAACAAUUAUCUCCGAGAGGAGAUUUUCAACUGGCUCAAGAGAUCCUCGAGGAUGUGCGAGACUGCAGCCAACAUAUGCAGAGAAUAUUUCGACGCACAGAGCACUGAAAUGAAGGAUCGGUGGCUACCGCACGAAGAUAACAUUCUUGCCUGUAACUAUAUGCCGCCAGAGAAGUGGGCAUGGCAGCCCGAUAGCUACGACGAGGCUGUCGAGGUGGUCUCUACCUGGAACCCGGAGGAGACGGACAAAUUCCAGCAGGACAGAGCAUACGGGCGUGUGUCGCAUGAGCUCGAUCAGUGGUGGGACAGCGCACGCAUUCCCAAUCCUAGCGACUGGGGCUUGGCCUCACUCCCGAUCGAGUUGGUUCCCCAGCGUAUCAAGGAGUGCGAGACCAACCUCAUGCAGCGCUACGCAGCGGCGGAGCCUCAAGAGGAGCCGAGCGACAUAAACGAGCAUUCUGUAGAUGACACUCUCAAUGUCGAAUGGCAGAACCAGGCACCCCACGCGACCCCGGAUUUUGCUCCCGAGUACGACGAGUACGACGAAGAACCCGACGAUGACGAUUCUUACGGCGAAGGACCAAUGACCGGCCUACUUACCGAGGUGCCAAACAUCCUGGACCCCAAGCAGAUCGAGGCGCUUCACAUGAUAGUCAAAUUGUGUAUCUUGGAUUCAGCUGGUUCCGGUUUGACUCGCUUUGGCGAGAGCCUGCAGCAUGCCCGGUGCCGCAUUUUCCUCGCGACUGAUUGCGGCAGGAAUCUCCUGAGAGAAAUGCUAGUCUUCAUUGCCGUAUGGGAGAAGGAUGAUCAGUCUCUCAUAUUUCAGAUCAGCUGCCAGAUAGUGCAGGCGAUGCACGAGAACGCGCUCAUACCUUUCGCCUGGUCGGCCCUCCGAAGCCCGAAAGACAUUAUCUCCCCGGCGCAGACCGUCCUGCUCCGGCUCAUCACCUACCUCUUCCGCACGUCCCUUUACCCGUCCAAGGACUAUAGCCCCUCCCAUGAUCCCGAUGGAGAAGACGUGGAGACAAGCCUCGCGAGAGAGGAUGUCCGUCUCGGGAAAAUGUUAAACUAUCUGUACGGAAUCUUUCGAAGCCGCAUCGUGCCGGAGUGCAUCGCCUUGAUGCAGAUUCAAGGCGAGGUGCGUAAAGGCCGGCUGGAUCCGGGAGACUUUCCAGUAGAUAACUGGGACCUAGAGCGUGCUAAGGAUGGUUUGGUGCAAUACCUCGACUUUCUAUCCACUAUUUCCGAGAUAUAUGCUCUACGCCAACAUCUUAUCGACUACGAGGCCGUGUACGAACUUCUUAAACUACUAGAAGGUCUCGACGUCGGGGUAGAGAAAGCGCCAUUCCCGGGGACGCGACGAAACGAACCGCCCACUACGCCCUCCACCACAACCUCGACACCCCAGGCAUCCUCAUCGAAUAACCCGCCCCCGCCUCCGCCUCCCCCACCCCCCAUCGCCGACCCGCCGCACGAAUUUCCUUGGUCCGGGAUAAAAGGACAGGUUCUAUCUAUUCUCGCAGCUCUACUCCAGCCGCCACCCGGCCAAUCUUCCCCGGGUAACCCGACGGUUCAGCUCCAGAUACUGCAGCACAACGGGAUAAUCGCCCUUCUCAACUGCUGUCUAUACGACGACAAUAACCGCUUUUGCCGCGAGCGCACCCAGCUCUGCCUCAAGUGGCUCAUGGACGGGUGCCCGGACGCUUCGGCUUUCCUGCAAAAUCUUGUCGGCACGGGCCAGCAGGGACAACCUGUCACGCGACCGCCGGCGGGAAGCAGCAGCGCGACACAAGCUGUCAGGAUUGACGGUAUACCAGGGGAGGUUCGGGUUCAGAUGCGCAGGUCAAGCGCGCCAGCCGGGGAGGCGGAAGAGGUGGGCGCAGCGGCGGCAGGGGCAGGUGAAAGUGCGGGGGCAAGCCUCGCGGGCUCGAGCAGUCUGAGGAGCAGAUUAGAAGAGAACAAUACUCGCAACCAAGAGCUCGUUAACAACCUUCUCGCGCUGACCGCGGCCAUGGAGGGGACGGCCAAGCUGACUAUCGCGCACGACGAGGACGAGACAGAGGAUGACGGCUUCAUGUGAAGCAGUAUAGGCACUUGAGGGGUAUUACAAGCGAAGAGAUGUAGUUGGGCGGAAUGU